AUGCAUGGCCGUAAUCGUGCAUUUUUGAUGCUGCAGUCGGAGAGAGAAUUCAUGCAAGCUGUCAGUACAUGUUGUUGUUGUCAUAGCAAACCACUCCGAAACAAACACGACAUCUUCACCAUGUUGCGUCCAGACAAGCGAAGUCAUCGUGGAGCACUGGAUCUUGACCUUGGAUUGUCUGACGAUGAAGAUGACGAUUCGGGGCGAGUGGCUGGCGGCAGUGCAAAAAGAGAGGAAAGCAUUGGCGAGUUGUUGGGUGACAACAAAGAGCUGAAAUUUGGAGCUCCAGCUCGGCAGCGAAGACAGCAAGGGUUCCGGUUAGGGCGUGGAGUCGACCCUCUCCAAGCACUGGUUGAUCAAACUCGGCCACCCGUCACAGAGGAUGAUGAGCCGGAUUCGGAAUUCGAGCGAGAAUUUGAAAGAGCUGUUGCUGGGGCGGCCUCUAGCAUGCCAGCUCGGCCGGUGCCACCAGAGCCCUCAGCUGAGCCUGCAGGCGAUGACUUGGAUGACAUCGUCGGCGAGAUUGGUGAUAUACUGGGUGAUGAGCAGCUUACCAGUGCUCGGCGGACGUUGCGAAGAUCACAAACGGCUCCAACAGCUGCCCUUGAUCAUCACACAGCAGAGCUCGAGGAGGAGGCGGAGCAGAGGAGGCCUGACAGUGGGCGGGGUCGCGGCUUGAUCUCUGAAGAGGAAAGCCUGGGACGCCGCAGACAGGCAAGCGGCACACCCGUGCAGCGCACGGGCACCCGUGAUCGGGCGGACAUGCCGGCGCCUGGCGACACGGGCAGGACUUUCACUCUUGGCUCUCCACGACAGCGCUCACAGCCGCCUCCUAGCUCCCCACCAGAUCGAUUUGACCGGUCACCCUCAGGUAGUGGCUAUGCUUCGGAUGGCCGCUUCCAGGGGUCUGGUGCGGGGGAGUCGACCUCUACACGGCGAGCGCUGGAAGUGGAGCUUUCGCUGCAGUCGCGGCCAAGGCGGCGACUCGGGGGAGCAAAGGCUCCAGCAGAUCCGGGCUUGGAUGCCGAUGAGCUUCCCAUUACUGACCAGCGCGAAGGAGAAGGAAGCAGCUUCGAGGUCCCUCAGCCACGUGGGGCGGGCAGCGUUCGGGCAGGAAGCGCCGCAAGUGGCAACAGCGUGCCCGGCCAAAGUGCCACGCCCGCAAAGAGUCCUCCGAGCUCUGCGGGGAGCCGGCGGGUACCGCCAAGCACUGGCUCCGCCAUGCAGCCCCAGCGUGCUGGCGAGUCCGUCGCUGUGGCAAAGGCCAAGAGCAGACUGGCGAGCGGCUCCGAGGCCCAGGGCCGGCUUCAUUCUCCACAGGCGACGCAGUCCCAGCCUGUGCCACGUGCUGCAGCUGAGCCAGCGAGGUAUGAGCCGCGCAGUGGCACCAUGCAAGCAGAGCAUCAGGUACGUGUGACACCUGUGCCGUCUGCUGGGGCGGUGCUUCUGCCCCACAUGGCAGAAGGGCCAACGCCCAAGGGCGGCAUCAGCACUCCGCCCUCAGAAAGGGACUUGUCCUUCGCAAUUGAUCCUGGCGCAUUGGGAGGCCCAAGCUUUCCGGCUGGCCCGCCUCUUGGCGGUGCGCCUUCGCACGAUCUGCUGCUGCAACUGGCACAGGCUAAGGCGAAGGUUAAGCACCUGGAGCUGCAGCUCGAGGACUGCGAGCAACGCUGGCAGCGGCGCUUUGAGGAUGCGAAGCGCCAGGAGGACGCCGGGCAUGCGCGUAUGGAGUUGCAGUGCCGAUACCUGGAAGCUGAGCUCGACAGAUGCAAGGAGGUGCACGCCAGCGAGAUGCGACACUUUCAAGAGCAGAAGCGACUUCUUGUCCAAAGUCAUACGACGGAAGUCGAAGAUGCAAAGCGCGAAGAACGACGGAAGGCGCAGGCAGACAUCGACAAGGUGAAAGCCGACUGCCGACUGGAGAUGGAGGAGCAGAAGCGGAAGCACGAGCGUUCCGUUUCCAUCCUGAAGCAGCAGUCCGACGUCGAGGCAGAGAGCCUCCGCCGGGCACAUACCGGAGAGCACCAUCUCACGAAACUCGUGGAGCAGGUACAGGGUUCCGUGGCUGAAGUAGAGCGACUCAGCAAACGCGUGGAUUCCGACAAAACUUUGGAGUGGUCGGUUCGCGAGAGGCAGCUGGAGGCAAGAGAGAAGAACGCGCGUGAGUUGGAGGCGCAGCUCUCUCGCCAGGGCAAGGAGGUAGAGGAGCAGCGAAGAAGACUGUCUGAGAUGGUGACGAACUUGAGGUCUUCUCAGGAAGACGAUAGUACCGCCAUGGCUGCCGACCGAGAGCGUCUUCAGGCGGAGCAUCAACGUCUGCUGGAUCUGCAGCAAAGUGUGCGUGAUGCUGACCGAAACAACAAGGAGGCGAUGAAGCACGCUUGGGCCCAGGUGGAAGAGGAGCGGAGGACUUUGCAGGAGCAGCAGCUCCGCUUGGACAGUGAGCUGAACUCGAGAAGAGAGGAGCUGGACGUGCAGGAACAUCGCCUGAAAGCCGAGACGGAGAGGCUGAAGUCCUUGCACCAGCAGAUCGAGGUGGCGCGGCAGAGCGCUGCGCGCCGGAUCCGGGACACGGAGUCCACGGUGGCGAACGAGCGACGUUGCCUCAUGAACGACUUGGAGGUCUUCGAGGAGAGACGCCGUCUCCACGCGCAGGAAGCGAUGAAGCUGGAAACAGACCGCAAAACCUUCCAAGAGGAGAAGGAGCAGUUGGAGAGCGACCUCCAAAGCAUGGGCCUGAUGGCCCACGAGGUUGAAAGGCGUUCCGAGGAGAUUCGGGCGCUGCAUGACCAAGCAGCAGAGGCCAGAGCUGAGCUGCAACUUCUUCGUGGCCAGCUGCAGGAAGAACGAACGGCUCAAGGCUCUGAGAUGGAGCGCCUCAAGACCAUGCAUUCCUUGGUUGAGCAGCAGCGGCUGCAAUUGCUCCAGACCGAAAAUCAGCUGCGCUUGCGUGGUAUCGAGGAUGUGGACCUACAGGUCACGGCACAGGCGGCUUCGACGCAUCUUGUGCCACGUGUCGGCAAGUGA